UUCGCUGAAGUCAUCCAGCGAAUUUAUUUUUCCCUUAUUGAAAUAAAUAACGAUAAAGUGGCGGGGGCAUCAAAUAAUAAUGGAAAAGGGGGACGACCAGCAGCCCCAGUCGACGUUGGGUCUCCUUUACUCGAUUGGGAGGAAGGAGAUCGUUUCAGUUUCGAAGAUUCAGAGCGCUUCGAAGAAGAUUCCUUGUGUAGCUGGACUUCGGAACCUGAAAGUCUAUGUAAUAAUUGGCGAGGAUGGAGAAGACCCAACCUUCAAAAUGCUUUCGGACCACGUUCAACGAAAAAAUCCAUUCAAGAGAAAUUGGUGUCAUCAUUAAGUGAACUGGCAGCCAAAUGUGUCGCCAGUCACAUACCAUUUGAACUUGUGGAACAUGUUUAUCCACCUGUGCCUGAACAACUUCAGCUCCAGAUAGCUUUCUGGAGCUUUCCGGAUAGUGAAGAUGAUAUCCGACUAUAUUCCUGUCUGGCAAAUGGCUCAGCUGAUGAAUUUCAAAGAGGAGAACACUUAUAUAGAGACAGAGCUGUUAAAGAUGUCCUACAAAUCGGUUUUCAUCUCUCUGCCACUGUUACGCCCAGUAUGACAAGAGCACAAUUCAAUGUAGCGGUGACAUUUGAUAGACAGAAGAUAUCAUCAUGCAACUGUACUUGUUCAUCCUCAGCUCAUUGGUGUUCACAUAUAGUUGCUGUAUGCUUAUACAGGAUACAUCUACCGACACAAGUAUGUCUCAGAGCACCAGUAUCAGAAUCACUGCAAAGAUUGAGAAGAGAUCAGUUGCAGAAGUUUGCACAAUACCUUAUAUCAGAGUUACCUCGACAAGUUCUACCAACAGCUCAGAGAAUACUGGAUGAACUUCUGUCAGCACAGCCUAACCAGAUAAACACGACCUGCGGCGCUCCCGACCCCACCGCGGGGGCUUCGGCCUAUGAAUACACAUCAUGGUUCCUCGAUGAAAAGACUUUGCAUAAUAACAUCAAAAAGAUUUUAGUCAAAUUCUGUGUGCCUGCACCUAUAGUUUUUAGUGAUGUUAACUACUUGAGUACAAGCGCGCCCCCAGCGGCUUCAGAAUGGUCGUCAUUGUUGCGUCCACUUAGGGGAAGAGAACCUGAGGGAAUGUGGAACCUACUCUCUAUAGUAAGAGAAAUGUUCAAAAGAAGCGACAGAAAUGCAAUACCGUUACUCGAAAUCAUAACCGAGGAGGUUAUGGCCUGCGAACAGAUAAUAGUGUGGUGGUACAGCACUAAGGCGUCUCUGGUGGCGUGGGGAGGUGGCGGCAAGCACGGUGCCGCUGGUAACUCCGCAGCACAGCACGCGUGUUCAUCGCUAUGUGAUGAGGUUGUCGUGUUGUGGCGUUUGGCGGCCCUCAAUCCAGGGUUGGCUCCCCAUGAGAGAGAUACACUUCAUGAACAAUUCGCUCAAUGGCAUAUGAAAGUGCUUGAUAAGGUGGCCAAAAACCGUAAUAAUCACAUAAACACGUCUCACCCUCGUCAUCGUGCGCACCACUCACCAUACAUCAAUGGUAUCAGUGAGAAUGAAGUAUUCCCAGGAUUCCAUCCAGCCAUGGAGGCGUGCUUCUUGGAAUGGGACGACUAUCAAAUCCAAGGUGUUACAUACACCAAGGAUUUGAACCCUCUAUAUCACAGCCCAUUUACAAUCUUCAGACAUACUGACAAAGACAGUGUCCAUCAGGUGAACUCGUCAAAGGCUGUACUUAAUAACGAGAUGUCACUCAGUUAUCGUCUAACAAAUCCUGAUCCAUCAUUACACGGUCAUAGGACGGUUGUUCACAGGACCAGUAGAAUCACAGUUGAUAUGGCCAUACCUGGACCAUCGAGUCAGCCCUGCGGUUCCGGCGAGGGUCGGAGUGAUGUCGCACGGGACUCUGGCCCUAACGAUGGGAAUCAUUCAAGUGUUUCGUCCGAAGGUUUUUGCGAGAAUGAGGAGGAGAUUCUCCAACAGAGCGGUGGUGAUACAGACUCUCAGGAGUCGACCUCAGCGGGCGGAUCCUCUGACGACGCCGUGAGAAGGGUUUCGCCCGAUGAUUCAGUCUCCGACGAUGAAUGCAACCUGUACUACUACGACGCGGCUGCUGCUAGGAGAGUCGCUGUAGAGAGCAGUUCCAACAACUCUGUCGUACAUUCGGGUGCCGGUGUCAGUGGAUACAACGGCGGUCGCUCGUCAGUAGUGGGGUGGGGUUGCGGGUGGGAGGUAUCAUUCGCCCGCGCCGAGGGUCUACACGCACACGGGCACGCUCGAGACGCCUGCGCACUGGGGGCUCGACUGGCCGCUGAACUACUGGCCAGUCCUCCCGCUCUAGGCGGUGCUGGAGUGGGUUCUCUAUUGAGUGCGGCGGCGGAGGCCCGUCGUGCUCGUCGCCGCCACGCUCCCUCUCCACGUCUGUGCGCUGCCAGCCAUCGGCUCUCAUGUCUCGCAUCCGCUACACUCGCAAAAUGCGCCUUUCUAUGUACUGUGCUGGCCGAAUUUAACGAACAUCAUGAAUUAGCUUUCCGCGUUGGAUUGUACGCUUUGGAGAUGGCCAGACCGCCCGCUAGCACGAAGGCUUUGGAAGUGAAACUCAAUAACCAGGAAACGGAAUUGGUUGCUUUGUUAAAAAAAUUGCCUACCGGCGUCGAACAACUUACGUUAGCAAGAGAAAAAGCGGAACAACUACGCGAAGGAGUCCUGAGAAACCGAGGACCGGCAUUGCUGCCAAUAGCUUUAGCGAGUUUCCUGUUUGAUGUACUAGUUUUAUCGGCUACGGACAAAGAAAACAAACACCCUAAUUAUGUUUCUCAGGCGAGAUUGCCAACGGAUGAAAUGUUAGGAUUCGAAGCGGCGGUGGCGGCUCUGGGUUUAAAGGCGAACGUGUCGGAAGCGGAACACCCUCUAUUGUGUGAAGGAACGCGGAGGCAACGAGGAGAGUUAGCAUUAACACUACUGUCAUUCUAUAAAGACGACCCGGUUAAAUUGGCGCGCAUUAUGAAUAAGCUAUUGGAUCGUGAUAUCCAUCAAUUAACGAAGGGCCCGAUGGUCAGCAUGUACUACACUAAUAACCCCCGUUUGGCGUACCGCGACUCGUCCUACCACGCACAUGCCACGCAUAUGCAACAUACCGCACCAGUCAUGCCACAGGCGUCAGCAUGCCAGUUAGUGGGUGACAUGGAUCGUUUGGCUGUAUCAGAGGGUGGUCCGUCGCCUCCCGCCAUGUCCCAUACCAUGCACACACACCCUCAACACACUCAACAUCCUCCUCAUACCCCCCACCCCUCCCACACGCCCCACCCUCAUCCUUCUCACACCCCUCACCCUCACCCCUCCCAUACCCCUCACUCACAACACUCACAGCAUCAGUCACACGCGCCACCGCACCAGUCGCUGCCAAGGUUGAAGGACUCGAGGUACAAAGGUAAGCGUGUGUAUCCAUCAGUACCGAACCAGCCUUCAGAGGCGUCCGCUCACUUUAUGUUUGAGUUGGCCAAGUCAGUACUAUUUAAAGCCGGCGGUUCGUCGAGCACUAGUUUAUUCACACAAACCUCAUGUGCCAGAGAGCACCACGGACCACACAGAGGUCUUCAUAUGGCUGCAUUCCAGCUCGGGCUUUAUGCGCUGGGUUUGCACAACUGUGUCAGUGCUAACUGGUUGAGUCGCACUUAUUCGUCACAUGUCAGUUGGAUAACCGGCCAGGCUAUGGAUAUAGGAGCACCCGCAAUUUUGUUCCUCAUAGACGCUUGGGAAGGACAUUUAACACCUCCAGAAGCAGCCGGAAUAGCAGACAAGGCGUCUUCAGGUUGCGAUGUACACAUGGUACGUGCGGCGGCCGAGCUUGCGUUGUCAGUACUCCCUCACGCACACGCGCUCAACUAUAAUGAGAUACAGAGAGCCGUACUUCAGUGUAAGGAACAAAGCGAUGCCAUGUUGGAACGAGCAUGUCUCACUGUCGAGGCAGCGGCCAAAGGGGGAGGUGUGUACCCCGAAGUGUUGUAUACCGUAGCCCGGUACUGGCACGAGUUAUACCUCCGUCAAGCCGCUGAGGAAGGUGAAACUCCUGAGGAGACGCAGUACCGCGCGCCGCCACCGCUGGCGGUACCACUACCAUACCCGCUGCCAUACCCCUUCGCUUACCACUAUCCACCACCCAUAUAUCAGCUUCAGGUCGCGCAUCCACCACAGGUACAAUACGGCGGUGCUACAGCGGGUCACCCCGGACCCCAGUACGCGUUGCCCCCAUACAUAGUACACGGCAUAGUAACAUCAACACAUCCGCCGCCAAUGCCGCAACACGUACCUCACGCACCCCAUCCACCGCCAAUGACCGUUAAUCAUCCGGCUCCAAUACCACCACCACUGCCGGCAACACACGCAGCGGUACCAACAGCGGGUGUGAGCGGAGUGGUCACAGUUGGUGCGGUCGGUACCGUCAGCGUGAGCGGAGUCAGCGGAGUGAACACGGUCAGCGGAGUCAAUGUUAACGGGAACGGGGUCGCACCACCCGCACUACCUCAAGCACAGCUCAGAAGACUUCUAGCAGCUUAUAGAGUGGGAAUGUUAGCAUUAGAGACACAAGCUAGAAGAGUCCACGACGAUCGCCCGCAGAAUAAGUUUGGAAGAAACCCUCCAUACGGCGAGCACGUGAAAUGGUUGUUGCGUGUAUCGAAGCGUCUCGGUGCGCAGUACUUGCAUCAGUUUUGCGUGUGCGCGGUUAAUUCGGUGGUGUCACCGUUCGUGUUGUACGAACUCUGCGUGGAGUCAGCCCAUUGGUUGGCUCGAGGCGGACCACACCACCUCGUGAUGCAACACCUUAGAGGAACACUCGCACCUCUAGUACACAAAUGUCAACAGAUGUACAUUCAGUGCAUCCAUCAGAAGCUGUAUCAUCUGACGCCGGUCGAGUAUGAAGAGUUUGUUGGGAUCGUUUUGUCAGCUCGCACCGCCUUCCAGUUGACUCCGGAGGGAAACACGCAGUUCAAAGAGUGGCUGGCAUCUUUACGCAGAUCGAAGUCCUGCAAGAAGGAUCUGUGGACGCAGCUCAACGCGGCCCUUCAGACUAACAGCAAAUGACGCCGGCAGCCGAUAGUUUGUAGGAUGCGGUGUUCCGCGCGCAAACUGUCACACUACCGGCGGUGGCCGCGCUGCCGGCUUUUAUACCAGAUGCACACUAUCUAACAACCCCCACUCCUGCCGCCCCCACUACCCAAACCCCAUAUCCGUUAUAUGUAAUUCGAGUACUUCAGCGCAUAGCAAAUUGCAUGGCGCUAGUGAUAUUAGAGAACGGGGUCCGAGUGAUGCCAUAUCCGCCCUAUGACACUAAUAUCAAAAGGUUUUGCGAUAUGACGUCACAAGCGCCCUAGUAAAGAUAUAAAAGUAUUUUAUGAAUGAACAUUGAAUAUGGAAAGCUACUUAGAGUCCGUUUGAGAUGAAUUAAUUUAAUAGAUUAAUGUUAUCGAUGCCACGCAGACUAUGAUGAUUACCUUGUCUAACAGGAAUCUGUUUAUCGAAUCAUUGUAAGGAACAAUUAUCGAUCAAUUGUUUAUAUUAUAAUAAAUUUGGAUUAUUUUAUGUUCUUAAUGGAAAAUAUAUGAUUAAGUCCACGGGCGCUAGGGAAUUAAUGUCUCCUUGAAAAUUAUAAGAAUGCCUUAAUGUGAGAUCUAAAUCUGCGUGUACGGAGAGUUGUUUUAAAAUCCUCUAGUGGCCUAAAUUGGAAGAAACGUCGUUCUCAAGUGUAAACUAUUUCAGUGUUCUUGUGUACUUGAUAUCAAUUAAGUCGGAUACAAACUUAAUUCUUCUAACUCACUAUGGAAACUAAAUCUUUUAUCUUAAAUAUUACAAUGUGUAAUCAAUGCAAAUAUUUUCUUUUAACAUGCAGACUGCUACUGAACGUAAUUUCUUUAUACAAGACCUGAAUUACAGAUAAUUUGAUGUGGAAUUAUUGAAUACCUCUUUUUAGUUUUAUUUGAACUCUGUAUGAGUAAAGAUCUCUGUUUAUUUUGGACACGGCGCACUGCUCGCUCGGUGCAGGUCGGAGCACCGAGCGUAUGUGUUCUCAUUCAUACUCAUAUUUAUAAGUAUUAUUUAAUUAGAGUCCUAUUUAUACGAGAUGUUUAUGCCACAAGAUACGGCCACGAAGUAACAGCACGAGAAACCUAAAUAUAUAUGAAAUGAAAUGAUUAAAUAGGCUUUGAUAUAUGCAAACAUUUUUGCUAUGCAUUGAUUUCUUUUGCCCCAAAAAAGGCUCAUUGAAGGUUGUGUCUAAAUGUUCGCUAUGUCCUUCUAAACUAUUUUUUAGUGUGUGACUUACGUGUGACUAGCAGUAUACAUCAAUGGAAAGAAUUAUGGGUCAAAAGGAAAACAAAAUUUACUGCGGUUUUUCAACUUUGAAAAAUAUCGUAAUUUAGGGGUAAAGACAAGCAAUUUGGCGAUUGAUAUUUCUAAUUUCUAGAUCUUGCAAAAAUAUUUUCAAGUAACAUGUAUCGCAAUUCCUUGAAUGAAAAAUUUUGGGUUGGUUUUUUUAGGUUCUAUCAUUUUUUUUUUCCUUUAAAUAAUCUUAAGUUUUAGAACAAUUGAAAAUGUUUUUUCCUCUAUAUUUUCAUAUCUUUAGUGCAGGAGCUAUUUAAAAUUAUUGAAUGAGUAGUAGUAUGUAAACGACGAUUUUCUGAUGUCGGUGAAAAAAUUUCACAUUCGAUUAAGUGCUCUGCAAGUAAUGGUCGUUGGGUCGUAUUUUCAACAACAGUACUAAAUUGGAUAUAAAAAUAUAGUCUAUCUAAAUUGGUUAAUAAUUUGGUUAAUUUUGAUUUUUAUUUUCUAUUAAAGAAGAAAAUAAUCAAAGAAAAUUUUUCAUUCAGAAUAUUCAUCAUGAUUGAUUUACCUGUUACUUGAAAAGAAAAUUUCUCAAGAUUCCAAAAUAUAAGGCUACUUCAAGAUUCAAAUUGCUUGUUCUUAUUCAGAGACGGCCAUUUUUAAAUAAGGUUCAGCGUUUGAAAAUGGCCUUAGAAGCUUCUUUUUGAUCCCUUAACUCUUGUGUUUCAGUGUGUAUAUCUGUUAGACUUCGUUAUCAUGAUAUAGUCCGUAAGAUUCUCGUUCGUUUUUAUCUGGCACAAAAUUUUCUAUCCAUAUAAGUUUCAGCGUUCAGCGUUUUUAACUAGUCAAUGUUUUGAGAACCCGUUAAGUGGACCGUUUCAAUGGCCAUUUUAUUAUUUCGUAGGCUAAGAAUUUCGAUACCUCUCGCGCAGAUCUCGUCGUGUGUUAUUCGAGAGGUAUAAAUGGAAUAUGGUCGGAAUGCUUCAUUAACUGUUAUAAUUAUAUUAUGGUUAUAUGUGAAAUUUUUAGUCUGUCUUUAAUAUAACCACAGUAUAUAAAAUUCACCAUUUCAACUAAUGUCCUGAAACCAAUUUCUUUGUCUUUACGUUUAUUUCGCCAUCGAUUCCCCAUAACACAUUCCAAAUUGUAUUUUACUCUUCAAUUCAGCUAUCGGCAUCUUUGUUUCUUGUUUUAAGUAAAUGACCUUAUUUAGAACUCGUAAUAUUGCUCAAUAUAAUAAUGCUUUUCCAUUCAUUCGUUCAAUAUCAUUGAAGCCGUUCAUCAGCUUUCUAUAGUGUACUUCAUUAUGGAUCUCCAUGCAACAUUUAUUUUUUGUUGCUUAUUGUAUUCGCAUUUUAAAUAUGUAAUAAUCGAUCUGACUUCUUAUUUUUAAGAAAAUAAUAUUGAAAUUAAUAACUGACGUCACAGAUUAAGUCGGUAACAUAUUGGUUGUUAAUAUCGUAAAGAGAUGUGCAUACGGUUGUUCGUCGUAUUCAAACUCUCGUGUUAAAUAUGUUGCAUCCAAAAAAAAUAAAAAUAUUUAGCAAUAGAUAUUUUCUGCCGACGUGCGGCCGAAAUGUUUCGUGUGACCUAAAUAAGACGUUAGAAUACAGAUUAUUGGUGUUAACCGUCUAUGCUAUUUUUGAUAUGAUCUUGUCGAAAUUUGCAUAACAUUGGUGUAUUAAAUAUAAGAACGGCGAAACGUGACACAAUCGAUUAGCUGAAAGUAACAUUAUUUACAAGUUUAUAUGUAUUAUAAUAUUAAUUAUAUGUAAUGCGAGGUAGCAUCUUGAGAGCCUUUGAUAUAAAACUGUAACUAUAUGAUGGGAGCCGGCAGCAAAUGUCAUAGUAUCUAUAUAGCAGUGCAAUCGAUGUCGCUAGAUUCCCAUUAUUUAUAUUAAAAAAAUAAAAUAAAAUUAUAUACUAAAAUAUAAGGACUUCCGCCGUCGAGAGCAAUAAUAAAAUUAAUAUAUAAAAUUAAUAUACAAGUUGAUAUAUAACGAGAAAAAAAAAUUUUUAUAAAUGUGCAUUUUUUGAAGAAAAUAAAUAUAAAGUUAUAUAAAUUGUUCAAAUCGAUUUAUAGAAUUAAUAGAGCGUUUAAAGAUAGUGACAAAAAAAAAGACGAGUGUCAUAAUUAUUUAGCGAUUUUUAUCGACGCUAGAUGGCAUAGAGUGUAAGUAACGAAAUAUAAAGGGAUCUGUUUACAAAAAAAAAUAUAUAUAUAUAUAUAUAAACGGUUAAAUAUUUCAACGAAUGAAUAUUAAAGUUACUUUAAACAUCAGAUUUAACGUUCUUUCCUACAGCAUUCCAGGUUUAUUUAACAGGCAAGUUGUUUGUAUUUUGUACGGAGUCACAACGGUGUCUGUCUCGUGUUUAAGUAUAAAUGUCACGUCAGCCUUACAUCGGAAUCGUUAAUGAUAUAUCAGAUAGAUGUAUUGUAUUGGAUACAUUUGUUGCCGGCCUCGGCGGAUAGAUUUAGUUUUUUUUGUUUUCAAAUAAUUAGAUGUUUGCGACAUUCAUUAAUAGUGGAUGUUUCUUUGCAUUCAGUAGUUAGUAAAUUUUAGGAUGCUAGUUAGUAUAAAUUCACGUUCAUGAAUCGGAGAUAUAGUGACCUAUGGAUUGGACACUCGAUGUAGAAUAGUUUAGCUAAAAUUACCAGUCCACAGUUUCAAUAUCGUACUUAACUAGACCGUUGCAAUUAUUGACACCAACUCGUUAAUAAUGCACCUUGAGAUUCAGUAGAAGUCAUAGUGUUAUUAAAUAAACAUACCGAAAAAAAAAAAAUUACUUCAGCCAUAAAAAUUUAAGUGCAAUUUGAAAGGAAAAUCGCAAUUUUGCCGUCCAUAAUUAUUUUGCGUUGAUUUUUGCAAAGCCUCUUCUGAAAUGUCUAUAAUUGUUUCUCGAUAUAUUUACAUUUGAAUAUUUCUUAACAGUAUACAGUCGUCUGCUCGAUGGGCAUUAUUAACAAUAUCUGGUGCAAAAACCGAGCGUUGGACUCGCGGAACGAAAACGAAAGAUAAUUUGAAAAAAAAAAAAAUCUGUCAAGAAACUAUUUUUACACUAUAAAAAAAUAUUAUAUAAUAUUAAAAAAAAAAAAGAUUAAAUAUAUCUUAGAAUCGUAAUAAUAAGACGUUAGUAUGGAGCAUAUUUUAAUUAGACGUUUAUUGCAUGUCAUAGUUGUAAUUUCACCCAGACGUGAGUUGUUCUGAAGUGUUGUGGUACAUUAGUUUCUCAUACAUCUUUUUCAACAUAUCAGUUGAUAAUUUCGAUUGUGUAUCCGCUCUUUAUUAUUUUAUUGAUCUAUGAUUUAUUUGAUUACAAAUAUAAAACGACAAUUGUACGAAACAUCCGACUUUAACAGAAAUCUGACUGAUUUUAGGAAAAUUAUUUAAGUUUUUAUGAUUAAUUUUUUUUUUUAUUAUUAAUAAGAUAUGUGCUUCAUUAUUGAUAUCUGUUUUAAAUUAUGUCAUUAGAUUUUCGUUUCUGACUACACACGGGCCUCUCGAUUGAUAACUAUGUCUGGUUACAUACAGUCUUAAAGUUGUUAAAUAACGGUUUGUAAAUCGUUCACAAUAAUAUGAAGCAUCACAAACCUUUUGAGUACAUUAUAUCAUAAACGUUUAGAUGUUGGUGAUGCAUAAUUUUAUACUGGUUUGUAGUUUAAUUGAUCACUUUUUGUAAGUGUAUUGUCCGCCUAUUAAAUGUGUAACCAUUGCAAUUUGAAUGGCUACUUAUUAGUACGUAAACAUUUAUAUAAUUAUAGUAUUGUAUCGUCCAAAUCGCAUACACAUGGUUUGCAAUCCACAUAGAGGUUCAAUUUCUUUAACAAGUGUUUGCAUUUGAACUAAAUACAGACAGUUUUGAGUUAUUCAUAAAUUUAGUAAUAUCAUGUGUGAUGUGUACGAAUAACUGAUCAGAGACUGUCUGAGUGGUUUAACUAUGCAAACACUUGGUAGGGGUUUUAGUUGUAACUCGUUUGUCAUAUUAUUGAAUGUUUUUUCUCUUGUUUUUCUUAUUAGUUUCUUGCGAAUAUUAGAUAUAUUGUUUGGAUAAGGUCGGUAUAUAUAAAUAUUAUAAUAUUGUCACAAACUGUUUGCAUAGCUAAAGAUCGUUCUAUGUAAGCUGGCCUCCCAUGUCUGAAAGACAAGACUGACAUGAAAGCUCUAAGAAAUAGUCGAAAGAAGUCUUCAUUUAAUACCAACGGGUUACGGGAUGUCAUUAAACAGAUGUGACUUAUUUGUUUCGAUGUUCUAUACUUUAUAUUGUUAACAAUUCGCCACCCGUUUAUGGACAUCCUGUUCAAGGAGCGCCGAUACUUUUAAAUAUAGCACUAGUGCUCAGUUGUCGCAAAUGGUUGUAAUGAUAAAUUUUAUUAUAUUAGUGAAUUAAUAGACUGUUACGCACUAUUUCUGUUUUGAACCCAACAUCUUUGACUUGGCACAUGUUGCGUUCUAGUGCAAGCGAUGUUUCUUUGUUUGACAACACUUUGUGAUGACAAGUACGUGUCUCGCUUGCGGUUGCACGUUAAACCGCAACAGUGUUUACAACUUUGGUAAUUACGAAAUUGCAAUAUCUUUCAAACUUUACUGUAUGUUUUUACUCAAACUCUAAAUAUUUUGACCUCUUAGAUAAUUUUAACGAUUACUUUUAUUAAUAACUACACCUAAGUCUUUUGGCAAGAUAUUUGAAGUAACAUUAUUUAAUUAUUCAAUAUACUUAUUCUAUAUUUAAGAAA